UUGACAGAUUAUUCAAAAUAUGCCAUCUCCGGCAGCAACGUGAGUCUGUCAAUCUCCAGUGUGCCGACGAAAAACAAAUCACUCACCACCUGGCUUUAUACUACUGACCAGAAGAUUGUAGAAUGUGAUUCCGGUCAGCUUAAAUACUUCAAUACUAAAUUUAAGGACAGGGUCAGGCUUGAUCGUCAAAGUGGCACACUGCACAUCAAUAACGUCCAGAAGGAGGACAGCAGCACUUACCUCCUGAGGGUGCUGAAGGACUCUGGGUACGAGGACGAAUGGAAGAUCUCACUGGAGGUGCUUGACCCUGUACCAAAGCCUGUCAUAGAAGUCAAGAAGACACAGGAAGGGAACAAGUGUAACCUGACCUUGUCCUGUGUGAUCCAGGACCAGUCUGUAAACUACACCUGGUAUGCAGAGUCCCUUCCAAAAGAGUUCCAGAGCAGUGUGCUUGAAGUGACUCAUACACCACAAAACUACUCCAGUUCUUAUACCUGCCAAGUCAGCAAUCCUGUGAGCAGCCAAAAUUACACAGUCAACUUCACUUCACCCUGUGUACUGGCCCCAUCCUCUGGAGUAGCUUGGACUGCCACUUGGCUAGUGAUCACGGUAACCACUGUUCUUGGUCUCCUAUGGAUCUGA